AUGCAGUUCACCAUCGUUGCCGCUCUUACCAUGGCCCUCGGCGCCCUCGGAGCCCCCCAGCUCGGUGGCCCUCCCAACACCAACAGCAUCCCUCCCGUCCCCGGUGAUGUCACUGUCGGCCAGGCCGGUGACACCUGUGGCUCUGACCUCGACCUCAGCUGCUGUGACAAGGUCGACCAGUCCGGCGAUGCCAUCAACACUGCCGAAGGCCUCCUUGCUGGUCUCCUUGAAGGUGCCUUGGAAGAUGCAACAGUUGGUUUGUUCGAUGGCUGCUCUAAGCUGAACGUUGCUGCUCUAGUUGGACUUUCGGACCUCCUCGAAAGCCAGUGCAAACAGACCCCCGCAUGCUGCCAGCACUCUGGUAUGGAACAGGACGGUCUUCUCAACGUCGGUCUCCCAUGCGUUGCCCUCGGCAGCGUCUUGUAA